CGCUUGAAGACCACAGUUUCAUUAGUUCCAGGGUGGUUUUGAAUCCUUCUUUUAUCUAUUUAUACAUCCAGAAACAGAACUACUUCUUCACAACACCAAGUAGUAAAGCAAUCCAAAGCUUGAAUUUCAGCAUUUAACUUGUUAUCCUCAAACCAUCUUCAGUUUAGAUUUUCAAAGACUAUAAAUGGCUUUGGUAAGAGGUCUCUUGGGUGCAAAGAAGAUCCUGAGCCGCUCUGUAACGACUACAGCACCAAAAGGAUUCCUUGCGGUGUAUGUUGGAGAGGACAAGGUCCAGAAGAAGAAAUAUAUAGUUCCUGUCUCAUACUUGAACCACCCUUCGUUUCAAGCUCUGCUCACUAAAUCUGAAGAAGAGUUUGGGUUCGAUCAUCCUAUGGGUGGCCUAACGAUCCCUUGUCCUGAAGAUACUUUCAUCACUGUGACCUCUGGCCUAAAGGGAAGAUAAUCAGAGGAGAAGAGAGAUCUAAUCUUAUGUAACCCAAGUUAGACAUAGAAUUAUUCAAUGUAAAUAGGUCAACCUUUUUCCUCGUUCUUUGUGAGAAAAGAGUUGUUCAAAAGGUCACAAAGCUCAAUGUGAAUGUCAUUUUUUUUGUGUAA